AUGAAAUACCUUCCAGGUUUAAGAUGUUGCUUCAGGCACAAUAAAAAGCCGCCGGUGGACUCUCCGGCGAAGAACAAGGAGGAGAUCAAGCAAGGAGUUGUCGAGCUCCCUGAAGAAAUCAUAGUUGAAAUUCUACUCAAGUUGCCCUUCAAAUAUAUGAUCCAAUUUAGUUGCGUUUCAAAGAAAUGGCGAUCUUUGAUAUUACAUGACCCCCAGUUCUCCAAAACCCACUACAAAGUAGCAUCCCAGCAGAGAACCCUUGGUCAAUCACUCCUUGUUUCCAGCCAAAUUAAACUUCCAUCAAGAUAUACAGUAUACAAUUUAAGUGAUCCAAACUUUCAGUCCUUACAGGUCUUGGCUGGUGAUCACCAUGUUCCUAAUUCCUUUCUUUCCUCCCCAUUCAAGAAAAACCAUCCGGGUACCGCUCUUGGCUGGUUCUCUGCUGUACAACUACUGGGAUCUUGCAAUGGUUUGGUAUGUAUGAGUAUAGGUACAUGGGUUAGAAGACAAUAUUUUAAAAACGUGCGUCUCUGGAACCCUUCAACCGGUUUCGUCCGCAACUUGCUUGAGCCAAAACCACAAAGCAGGCAUGGAAGGCUACUCCGGAACUUCUUCUGCGGCUCACCUCAGGAAGAACCGCCACACAUGUUGGUGGGUUUAUUUGAUUUUGUUAAUAGUGGUUUUGGUUAUGUUAACGCAACUGAUGACUACAAAUAUGUUGUUUUAGCUUCACCAGCAGCAUUAUUCCCUCUCAGAAAAGGGAUAAGGGCUGAGAUCUUCUCGUUGCGAACCAAGUGUUGGAAAAGCAUUGAUGUCCUUUCGAACAUGUGCUGCAACGAUCAGUCAGGGAUUUAUUUAAAUGAAGCACUGCAUUGGAUCACCAUGGAUGUAGUGGAAAACAAGACAACUAUCACAGCUUUUGAUCUGGGAAAUGAAGAGUUCCGGCAAAUGCCAUUGCCGCCUGACUCUAUUUCGGUUAACGUUCGUCUAAACGGAACAAAGGUUUUGGUUCUUUUAGGAGAAUGCCUAUGCCUAUGGCUUUCUAACAGUCAUGAUAUUCAAUUCUGGGUCAUGAGAGAGUAUAAUGUUCAUGAAUCUUGGAACUUGCUCUAUUCUUUCAGGACAUCUGAUUUGUUGGGAAUAAGAGACUACGACCAGUUUUCGUGA